UUGGCUUCGCUAUCUCGUUGGCAUCUGACGUAUGCUCUGCUGUGCUUCAAGUUCGAGAAGUCAAGUUAUCAUGGUUUGGUGCGUUUGUUGGGGUUGGCGAGCCUAGUUAAGGUUUGUACUUCAAUACAGACGACUGUUACUGCCCUCUACGUACUGCACGAAACGAGUUUCAUCUGAAACUAUGUCGUCACAGUGCAAUGUCGAAAUGACGUCGCAAAACCACAAUACAGGUUGCACGUUUCUUAUUUCAUAUACACCGUCCAGUGAUGCAGAGGACGAAUGGAUGACGAACUUGUCGACUUGUUUGCUUGAGAAAAGAAUUGAUGUAAAGCAGUUGCCUUUGUCUGCAAGUGAAAAUGAAGCAGGGAUGAAGCAUCACGACAAGAUAACGUUUUGCUUUUGGAUUUGUGUUAUUACCAAGCGUUUCCUGACUCGUCAUGAUUGCCUUGCCUCUGUUCACAAAAUUUUUCUUGAGUUGGCAAAAACCAGCAAGAGCAAUUUUCGGAUUUUGCCACUGUUGCUUGUUAGUGAUCUGCAAGAGAAGGAGCAAUUGAAAGAGAGGUUCAGGCAGCUAUUACCUAAUCUCUGGAAUCGUAGGCCAAUUAUAACAACUCUAGAAAAACAGAGUGCUGCUCGAAUUGCCAGUAUUGUCUUUCAAACGUCUAAACGAGAUGGUUCUAAUAACAAAGGCUGCUGCUGCAGUCGUCUACAGCUAACCGACUCUGAUUUGUGUCUCAGCGAUGUGCAGCUGAAGGGAGUCGAUGCUCUCUGGAAUUCAAACAAGAGAGAGGUGCCAUUGCACAAGACAAACAAUGUUCUUGGAUUAUCAUUAGCGCACCUUAGGGAUGCGACUGGUGAAGCGAAGAGUUGCUUUGUUUAUCAGUCGGACACAGUUAAUCCUGGCUGUAGAAUCCUUGGUAUCAACGAUGAGAGUGUUGAAUCCAGUGAUGUUAUUCGUUGUCUGAAGUACCAUCCUAAUGGGACAGUCAGAUUGAUAGUUCAGGAUCCUGUUGAUGAUUUUGAUAUGAAGUUGACUGAACUGAAAGAUUUUACAUUGUCAAUACAAAGUAUGUCUACUGUUCAAGGAAUUUCGGAACGGCCGUCGUGGCUACAGAAUGAGAAAAUGUCAUUUUCGGAAGAUACCCAGUUGCGGUCUGCUGUAUCAGAUUCAAGUGCUGUCUCUUCUCAUUGCAAGGAUGAUAAGCGUCUUGCCGUUCAUAUCAUGACUGCUAAGGAAAUAGCUAAUCAUAAAGCCAACAAUUCUGUUGUGUAUCUUCUUGGACCACUUGCUGAUAAGGGAUUAGGUGAGGACACUAACAGCCAAGAAGCAAAGCCUGAAUUUCUUCAACUGCAGGAUUAUGGUUCCUCUCAGGGUGAACCAAAAAUCAAAGAAUUGCUAGAAGCAGCAUCAUUGAAGGGUCUUAGUAUGCAAGAAUAUAAGUUGCUUCACAAGUUUUCUUUGGACCACCCAGAAAUAUUCUGGAGACAACUAGCACAGGACUUUGUUUUUGAUGUUGACAGCAAAGAUCUUGAUGUUGAAUGUGACCCAUUGAGAGCAUUUAAAACUGGUCAUGGGCCAAAGACCAGCUUCUUGAGUAAGCACAAGACAAAUAUGUGUUUCAACAUGCUUGACAGGAAUGUUGCGAGAGGACUGGGAGACAGAUGUGCCCUUAAAUUUGUUGAAACCGAUGGCAACUGCAUCUCUGUUUCUUACAAGGAAUUGCUGCAUCGUGUUUGUGUGGUCACAAAACGUCUUCAACAUGCUGGAGUGAAAACAGGUGACAAAGUGUUGGUCUUUAUGAAGAAAAGUGUGGAGAGGAUCUUGGUUGUUCUGGCAUGCUUUAGAAUUGCAGCUCCUGUUUGUGUUUUGUAUCCUGAUGGAGCAGAUGAUGAUGAAUUGAAACAAAAUGCAGAGCUAUCAAAAUGCACUGUCAUCAUUACAUCAAAUGCUGUGAUGCCAAGAAAGGUUGAUUUUACAAUGCUGGACUACAUUUUAGAGAUAACUGAAAUCAACAAUGAAGCAAGGUCUGGAAAAGAGACAAGCAUGGAGGUCGGCUGUUUGCUUGUUUGGAUUGAUCCUGCUCAACCGCCAUCAUUACUGUCUGAACCUAGAAAGUACCCUAGCAAUAUAUUAGUGGCACUGUUAAACGAAGAUGACGCAGAACGGGGCAAAGACUUGGUAACAGGAACAGACGCAUGUUUUGUGCUUGGAGAACAUCCUCUUUUUCUAGCAAGCACAAGUGGGUCAACGGGGAAUCCCAAAACUGUUGAACACUCAACAGCGGGCUAUAUGGUGUAUACUGCUGUUUCGUUCAAGUAUCUUCUAGACUUCAAUUUAGAGGGGAAACCAACAUACGUUGAAGAUGGCAGUGACGUCUGUCUUGCUACAGCUGAUCUGGGGUGGUGUUAUGGAAUGUCUAUCGGACUCUGUGGACCAUUGCUCAAUGGAGGAACAACAGUCCAGGUGUGUAGACCAUCAACAGAAAAGUUGAUUGAAAUAGUUAAAGACACAAGAGUAACUCACUUGUGUACAGUCCCAGAAACAACAAGAGACUUCGUCCGGAAUGCAGGCGAGACUGAUAAUUGGAAAAUAUCUAACGGAAGCAAACUGGAGGUCAUCUGUUCGUGUGGCACUUUGCUAACUGACAGAUUAACUAACGAGGUUAGAAACUACUUCGAGAGCACCGGUAUCCGUCUGACAGAUGUUUGGUGGCAAACAGAAACGGGAUGCUUUAUGUUGGGAACUGCCUCAAAGAUCACUGUGAAGUACAGCAAAAGGUUGCUGCCGUUUUAUGGCAUUGAUGCAGAGAUCAAAAUUGAUCCAAAACUUCAUGUUCAAGAUGAUCGGAAACAAGGAGAGCUGGUGAUUGCCAAACCAUGGCCAUCAUGUUUUCGUGCCAUCUAUAGCAAAGACAAACAUGAUUAUGCUGAUGAAGAAGCUUUUGAGGAUGGUUACUACAUGACGGGAGACAAUGCUUUGCAGAACUGUGAUGGAACAUUUCAGUUGCUUGGCAGAAACGAUAGCAUAAUUCUAAUGUCAACGGCAGACAGGCAGAUCUUUAUGACUCAUAGAGAGCAGAUGAGUGCUACUGUUGAGGACGUUGCAAGCGAGAUCUUUCCUAACCAGCCCUGUCAUCGUGCUGUUAUGGUAGAGAGUGAAGAUGGCAAGAAUUUCUUUGCUGCUGUUCAAAAGCCAAAGAAAGCUGAUGAGCCUGAUGCAGGUAACUACCGCUGUGAUGAGGCCACUGAAAAAGUGUUGUCUGAACGAGUUAUAGAAGAAAUGAACAAAAGUGGCAAAAGCAAUGUAGCAUUUCCUGAAACAAAGUAUAUUUCUGAAAUUCGAAUGCCUGAAACAAAUUCAGGGAAAGCUAAUCUGAGGAAACUGAAGCAAGAAGUAGGGGGACACUCGCUGCACUCAAGGAAACGGACUACUUCCGAAUCAGAACGUUGGAUCUCUUUAUUAAACAGUUAAUUAAUAAGUGAGGUAAGACGCGCCUACAUUAAUGUAAAAUAAGAAAAUUUAUCAGUUGCAGUGUAUGACAAAUCGUCCCAUCUCUAAGUAGUCCCUGGGCAACCAUAACAUCAAAGUCUUCGUUGCCUGGUCAUUACUCUGGGUUGCCCAUAAACUAAACCCAUGACCUUAUUGCAGCAACGUAUAGAAUGUAUUGUACAA